CGUAGACCCAUAAGUCUUUAAAAGAGACAAGGUAGCAUUCAACGGAGAAGAGAACAGCCCCUUGAACUCAUACCCAUACUCAAGAAUGGCGGAUCAUAUGAAGCUAUACACAAUUUUUAUUUUUACAAUAACAGCGUGUGUCUUCUCUCUGCCUGUGAGUGCUUCUGGAGACCCAAUCAGAGGCCCGUUCUUUUCGUCUAUCAACGGGCCCGGCGUGGUGAUGGCGGGCGUGCCGACAGAGUUCACCUGCUCAGACAAAUGCACCCCAAAGUGUGUCUACCACUGGAAUGAGUCUGGAAAGAGAGUGGAGGGUGGCGUCAUGACCGUGACGGCCAGCGGCCGGAAUGAGAGCCUGCAGCUGGAGUGCACCGCGGUCAACCCCGACACCAACAAGUCAUGGACCACCACCAAGACCGUGAAAAUAAACAACCCGGUGAGAGUGAAGCCCGCCACCAGCUCUGAUCCCCAGGAAGGCCAGUCUUUCACGAUGACCUGUCAGGGCUCAGGCCCCAUCGUCGCCACCACCUGGUUGAAAGACGGUCAGCCCCUCGACACCGAUGCCAGGAUACAGCUCAGUGAGAAUAAUGGCAUGCUGUCCUUCAGGUCUCUGCUGCCCUCUGAUGGUGGCUAUUUUGAGUGCAAGGUGGUCGACGGCGCCAUCACCGUGAUCAGCCGAGGGUACCUGUUGAGCCUCGGUACGAUAGCUGUUAGCAUCCUUGGCCCGGACACGGUGAAGGCUGGGGUGGAGCAUAUCUUCACCUGUCAGGCCAACUGCACGCUGCCUUGUUCCACCUUCUGGACGUUCAACCAGGGCUUCUCCGGUGGCUCCAUCUCAUCCACUAGAGAUGUAAUCCGAUGGAUCCCAGCUACACCCGGGAGGGUCCAGUCCUUCCAGUGCAACGCACAGAACUUACCUGCCCAGCGAAUGGCCCAAGCCUCUAAGAGAGUGACAGUUUAUGCCACAAUAGCUCCCACAAACCGCAAAGGGGCUACACCAGCUAUUAAACGAAUGUGUGAUCGGAUGAAAAGCUUCGCAGAGACAAGGGCAGGUCGCACCUUUGAGAUUUUCUACCCCAUUUCAUACACCAGUGAAAAGCGUGGAUCAAUGAUUUACUACAUUAAGGUUCAUGUUGCGGCUAAGAGUGAAGACUAUGUGCAUCUUCGCUUGUCCAAGCCCUCUGGCAAAUUGCAAUUUGACAAUGUCCUGCUGGGCCAAACGUUUGAUGACCCAAUCACACCCUUUAAAAAAUAAUUGUCUUGUUUCCAUUCACACACACACACACACACACACACACACACACACACACACACACACACACACACCCUACCCUGUCUCAUUCUCUUUAGAUACUGUAGGUGUACGAUAGAUGUGUCACUGAGUGUGACAUGGUUAUAUGAGACCUUAAAAUCUGUCCCUUUCUGAUCAUAUGUCUUACUCUGUCUACUCAUAAUCAUCUUAAGUUGAAUGUACAUUUUCUUUGAAAUAUGGAGAGACUUCAGGAUUGCAGCCAGUCUUAUUGUUAUCAUUUACCCAUCUGUAUGUAACUGUAAUUCUCGGUUUGCUCUGCAAAUUUUAACGAUGCCCUUCAAUUAGUGUUCGGCUCAACAUUAAACAUUUCAACUAUCAAAAUAAA